AUGUUAAAAUUAUUAUUCUCCAUUUCUGCAUACUUCAGUCAUUCUUUUCUUACUUCAAAAUUGAAUUUCGAUGUUGGAGGUCCAUCAUAUUUAUCAUCAUCUUCAUCUUCGGGUGAUGAUAAUUUUCCGUCCAAUAUUAUUACAGAGAUUGAUGAAACCGAAGAAGUAAUUUGUGAGUACAUCAUCAACAACAUGAUCCUCGCUAAUAAAUUAUGUCAACAAAACUACCAAGCGAUCCAUGGUGGCUCGAUUCCCGGUCAUGCAGUGAUCAACCGCGAUCAUGAAACUACGCAUCAGAAUUUGGUCAUAGAUUACUUUACCGAUAAUCCACGUUUUGGAGAAGAUAUGUUUCGUCAUCGAUAUCGGAUGUCAAGAAGUUUGUUCCUUCGUAUUGUUGAUGCAGUGAAAGAUUAUGACUAUUACUUCCAACAACGAAGUGAUGAACUUGGUAGAAUAGGAUUAUCACCGUUACAAAAAGUAACAGCUAUUUUUCGCAUGUUGGCAUACGGUCUACCAGCUGAUACUACGGACGAAUACGUUAAAAUAGGUGAGUUAACAUCAAUUGAAAGUAUGAUAAAAUUUUGUCGUGCUAUGGUGGAAAUAUUCACAAAACGGUAUCUACAAACACCUAACGCUAACGAUAUUGCUAGGCUACUCUAUAUUGGUAAAAAACGUGGUUGUCCAAGAAUGUUAGGAAGUCUUGAUUGUAUGCAUUGGCAAUGGAAAAAUUGUCCAACGGCAUGGUCUGGGCAAUACGCAGGACGUAGUGGGUCACCAACUAUUAUCCUUGAAGCUGUGGCAGCUUAUGAUCUUUGGAUAUGGCACGCAUAUUUUAGUAUAUUAGGCACCAAUAAUGAUAUCAAUGUGCUGCAGUCAUCUAAUCUUUUCUCUAAUCUAGCUCAAGGUAUUGCUCCUCCCGCUCACUAUGUUAUUCAAGGAAAAGAGUAUAAUAUGUGUUAUUAUUUAGCUGAUGGUAUAUAUCCAAAAUGGGCUACUAUUGUACAAACAAUCCAACAGCCACAAGGAUCAGCACGUUUUUGGAAAAAACAUGUAUUACAUGACAUAAUGACUGCAUGCAUUAUUAUGCACAAUAUGAUAAUCGAGGAUGAACGUGAUCUUUAUGCACCAAUUCAAGAAGUGAGGGAAGCACCAACACCAGAAGUUGAUAUGAUAGCAGAUGAAACUACAAAAUUUACUCAAUUUAUUGCACGUUACGGAAAAAUCAAGGAUAAAGAUGCCCAUAUUGCGCUUCGUAAUGCAUUGAUAGAUCAUCUAUGGGAGGAAUACACUAAUUCAGAUAGUUAA